AGUUCAACAGCUCUCUGUUGACGUUGUACUUGCUCCUGUCACAUUAGUCACAAAUUAGUUAAAGGACAAACAAGAAAGCAUUAAAACAAAGGUAAACAGCUGUCUUCCUCUAAAUGCUAAUGAACCCCAGGUCUCCGAGUAACAGUUGUCUUCAGAGUCUGACGAGUUCAGAGAUAUCACUCAAACAUUUGCCAUCAGACCUUUAGAAUGAAAAUGGUGCUGACCAUAUUUCCAAGACAUCGCUGUCAGUCUCUAUAUAAACAAAAUUACAGAAUGCUCUGUCUGCCUCAAACAUUUGGAAAUGUGUGGGUGGACAGCCAAAAGCAGUCAGCUGCUUCUUCUCCUGUGAAGAGGAGCACUGUUGCUGGGCGCAGACAAUAGCUGUCAUUGACAGUUGGCCGCACACAGUAAAUAGCCAAACAAGACCAUAAAGCAUUGAAACCUAUCUGGGGGGUUACGCAAGGUCGGCGCAAUGGUUUUGCGGAGCUCAAGCGGGUCCUGGUGUUUGGUGCCGUUCUACCUCUGCCUCGCCGUGUGUCCAACAUGGGUGACUCCAGAUUUCUCGGAUGCAGCAGGGACCAAGGUCCUGAGACCUCGCUUAAGAAGAGAUAUCAUGAUUCAUUUUUAUGCCUCUACACAGCGGCCCAUAUGUCAAGCCUAUUUAACACACUCCCUCAAGAUUAUACUUGACGGAGCGGCAGGUUCAGGAGUCAAUGGCCUUACAUUGGAUUAUAAACGGCUGUAAAAUGUAACGGUCGCCCAGCUUGACUGUAAAAGCAUGCCUGUUAUUACCACAGAAUUUAUUUUUGUGGCCUGUGAUUGUAGACGGAUAAUAAAGCUUAAUAAGUCUGUUGUUCUGGGCCUUCAUCAACAGAACAGACUGAAGAGCGGAAGUUCAAGUGUCCAUACAGUUACACAUAUCUGCUCCACCUCCCCAUGCUUUUAGCAUACCUGCAUUCGAUCCUGAGGAAUCACACCAUGCACGCGUGUGACGGGGAGACCCUCUCGAUCACGUGUCCCACCAAAACCACCGUAACGGUCUUGUCCUCGUUCUACGGACGUCGCAUCUCGAGCGAGAACUUGUGUCCCGCUGCGAAUGGGAACAGCACCGAGGAGAACACAGACUGCACGUCCUCUGUGGCUACCCAGCAGAAAGUUAUGGAUGAAUGUCAGGAUCGAUCGUCCUGCCAGAUCCCGGUCAUCAGUCGUGUGUUUGGCCUGGAUCCCUGCCCAGGCACUAGCAAGUACCUCAUCGUAUCUUACAAGUGCCGUCCAGAGAAUCACAGCACUAAGCUGGCGUGCGAGAAUGAGAGACUACAGCUGGUGUGCGGGAACGACACAGUGCUGGCCAUCUACACGGCUACAUUCGGACAUCUGCCACACGGGAACGCAGAGUGUCCCCAGGAGAGUGGAGCUGCCCCUGACAUGGAGUGCCUGUCCCCCACGGCACUGAGGAAAGUGUCACGCAGGUGUCAAGGCAGGACUAACUGCUCUGUGCUGGCUGAUGCACAGAACUUUGGGGACCCCUGUCUCCCAGGGGUGAAGAAGCACCUGCAGGUGUCCUUUGUGUGUGUACCCAGAUACCUUUUGGAGGAUGUUGGACGUGGGUCCUCUGACCCUUUCUUGAUCACAGACUACACACAUGGCGGCUGGUACACCGGCCCUGGCGUACCACGACCCCCUCGAAAAAUGGUGCUCAUCACCAACUCUCUGGAAAUCUUUGCCCAAAUAUGGGGUCUUCCGGAGAAGGUGGCCCUGUACUUUGUCUCAGGGAUCUGCGCUGGCUUGCUCUUCCUGCUGUGUCUGUUCGGCCUAAAGUCCACGCUGGGACGGGACGUCAAAGACCUGAUCUACGAGCUGCGGGAAGACCUGAAGGACACCCAAGACCCUGGCACCGAGCUGAUGGAGGAAAUUAGCAAUGACACCUCCUCGGACUCCUCCUUGCACCGCCUCGAACGCUCCUACUGCUUGGCUGAAAUUUUCAGCCCAGAGCUGAUGGUAGAGAUGGAGGAGCACUGGGAGGAGAAGGAACUGCCGAACGGGACUAUCUUCCUGCACAGGGACUCCAGCCCCUACGCGGCUCACAGGAUCAAAGCGGCCACCGCCUGAGGAAGGAACCCUUGCUCUUGGCAAGGUGACGCUGUAAAUGUGAAUUCAUCUAAUUUGCCUAAUUUCAAGAGCAGAGCAUGUGAUGUACAUAUUUAUGCUGCACUGAUUUCAUAACAUGUCAAAGAAACUGUGAAGCAGUGACUAAUGUGAUUUAUUAAUAGGACCAACUUCCACAAGGCAAAGUUCAAUUCAAUGAGAAAAUUCUGAACGUGUCUCCCCAAAAUAAAUUACGACUACAGACGUAUUCAACCAUGCACAUAAUGAUCAUCUUUUGCUUAGCCCACAUUGCAAAGAUAAUUAUACAAAGGCUUGAAGUAAACGUCAUACAUGUAAUUUUGCAUUAUAUCCCCAUGAAACAUAAAAAAAGAUUUGAUGGUUUUGCCUCUUCAGGAAAAAAGUUAAAUUAAAUGAUCAGCUCUUGUGUUAAAAUAA